AGAUGCUUCUAAGGCAAGUUGUGGUAAAGAACCAGAAUUUCAAUUAUUAAGUGAUAAAGAAUCAGAAUUUCAAUUAUUAAGUAAUGAAGAACCAGAAUUUCAAUUGGAACAAGUACUUCAAGAAUUAAGUGACAAAAAACAAGAAAAAUGA